UUACUCGUUUUGACAGUUGUAGACCGCCAUGUUGCAAUUUGUGAAUUGUAUGAAUUUUUCAUUAAUACAUUUGAGAUAGACUGAAUACAUUCGAACCGAUAAAAAAGUUGUUUUAUUAGCGUCUUACACAGACAUAAUCUGAACGUUCUGUGCUUAAGCAUUCAUGUCGACUGUCAUAAGCAUGAGGUGAUACAAACUAAAAUAUAGUGCCUACGUACUUCCUACAAUGAUUAAUCUUCUGGGGCAAGGCUCUUAGUGUUUUAUGUAAAUUAGUAUGGAUUGGUGGGUUGUGACGUAUCCAAGAUUGAAUGUUAUUGUCACACGUUAGUAUCGUCGUGCACUCUGAUCGAGAACAACGGUUGUAACAAGAAUAUAGUGAACAACAAAUGGAACAUAGUUUUUAGUUAAACCUAGCCCUUAAUCAUGCCUCCUCCACCACCACCUGGGCCGCCGCCACCUCCCGGGCCACCGCCCCCGCCUUUGUUCGGCGGUUCUAAGAGUAAUGCACCAGAUAAUAGAGGCGCCUUACUAAAUUCUAUUAGGCAAGGUACAAAAUUAAAAAAAACUGUGACAGUGGACAAAAGUGGACCUUUUAUUGCGGGGAAGACGACAAAUGUGAGUAGCAGUUCCCCUGUGGGCAACGGUGUGAGAACUGGGGGCUCCAACUUCAAUGGAGGAGCCCCUCCAGGCUUGGGUGGACUUUUCGCAGGUGGCAUGCCUAAGCUAAAACCCACUGGCAAAUUAUCAGGCACAACACCGAAUGGUCAAAUCAGAUCAGAUCCACCAAGGUUUCCUCCACCACAACAAAGGUCUCCUGAGAAAACGAGAUCGGAACACACAAGACAGUUUCCCGGACCUAAUGUUGCUGCAAUAUCUGAAGCUCUCGCUUCAAGGGAUGUCCCUCCGACGAGAGAGGCUCCAACAAGGGAGGCACCUAGUAGGCCUUUGGUCAGGCGGCAACCGAGUGAAAUUAAAACCAGAGGUCCCCCUCCUGAACCACCCACACAGAAACAAUUUAUGCCUUUGAGCUCGUCGGAUUCCAUUCUGACGUCGGGUUCCGUAGCUGAACGCAGCCGCAGUCUCCAACAGGCUUCGGAACAGAGCCUGCCUCAGAACGUCGCCUCGACGUUACACAGGAAUAGGAGUUCUUUGCAUUCAGGCUCACAGAUGUCUUUGGGAGGUUCCAUGACGUCACUAUCCUCAUCGCCUCAGACCCCGUCCCCGUCAUCGUCGUUAUCCACAUCCGAUCUCUCGGACCGUCCUCGCGUCAGUCACGGGAAGCCCAACCUGGCCCCGAAGCCGCCGGCGUUGGCCCCCGCCCCCGAUAGGCCUUCGCCACCGCCUAAGAAGUUGAUAGUGAAUGGCAAGCUGGCGGCACGAGCACAGAGCAUGAGAGCUCCAAGGUCCCCCCCGGUGUCCCCGCCGUCUCCCGCGAGCGCUCGCCCCCCGCCGCCCUCCACCCAGCUGGUACACACCAAGAACCCAGCCUCACACUUCGGUACCCUGCGCGCGCCCCGCGGCCUUCGUCCCCCCGGAGUGUGUCCCCCUCCUCCGCCGGGUGCUCCGCCCCCGCCCCCCGUUCCGCCAGCGCGGGCUGCCUCCCUGGCUCAACCUCCGCCGCCGCCGCCGCCACAUCAUCACCGGGUACAUCACACCAGCACUAGCAGCGAGGACGCGCCGCCGCCGCCCGUGCGAGGCUCCUCCAUCCGCGCCGAGCUCGAGGCGCGGUUCGCUGAACUGUUCCACCCUCAGACCAACUUCCCACAACCCGAACCCUUCCUGAGAGUCACCAAAGGAUACAGCAGCGCCACAGUAGUGAGUAAGGCCCCGGCUCCGGCACCUCCUCUGCGUGUGCCGCUGGAAGGUUGGACGGGAACGUCGAGCGCGUGCUAGCGGCCGCGGGGGGCGCCCGCCGCCGCGCCCGCGCCCGCCCCCGCUCGCACUGACAACGCACA